AUGUCAGACGACACCUUUUGGUAUAAAGGGAUCACUUUCCCGAGGGCUUAUUACAGCCCUGGAAUCCUCAGAAAAGUACAAGAAGAGUUUGUGCUGAAGGAUGAAGAUGUUGUAACAGUGACUUACCCCAAAUCAGGAAUAAAUUGGUUGAUUGAGAUUGUCUGUCUGAUUCACUCCAAGGGGGAUACCAAGUGGGUCCAGUCUGUGCCCAUCUGGGAACGCUCAUCCCGGGUAGAGACUGUGCCUGGGUUUGCAUCAGCAAAUAAGAAGGAGGGCCCACACUUGCUCACCUCCCACCUCCCCAUUCAUCUCUUCCCCAAGUCUUUCUUCAGUUCCAAGGUCAAGGUGAUUUAUGUCAUGAGAAAUCCCAAAGAUGUUAUUGUAUCCAGUUAUUUUUUCUGGAAUUCAAUAAAUGGGGUUAAGAAAUCAAAGUCAGUGGAACAACGUCUUGAAUGGUUCCUGGAAGGAAAAGUGCCAUAUGGGUCAUGGUUUGACCACGUUCGUGGCUGGGUGUCCAUGAGAGAGAGGGGGAACUUCCUGCUGCUGAGUUAUGAAGAGCUGAAACGGGACACAAAAAGGACUGUGGAGAAGAUCUGUCAGUUCCUGGGUAAGAAGGUAGAGCCAGAAGAACUCAGUCUAAUCCUCAAGAACAGCUCCUUUGAGGUCAUGAAAGAAAACAAGAUAUGUGAUUACUCCAUGCUGGGUGAUGUUUGUUCAGUUGACAAAAACCCACUUAUGAGAAAAGGCAUAACUGGGGACUGGAAAAAUCACUUCACAGUGGCCCAAGCUGAAGCCUUUGAUAAACUAUUCCAGGAGAAGAUGGCAGAUCUUCCUCGGGAGCUGUUCCCCUGGGAAUAAUGUCUG